AUAAUGAUGUUGAUACAGGAAAAGAUACAACUGGCACACCCAGGAAACAUUUUAGGACCGUUGAUAAUAUACAGGAUGAACUGUCUCAAACUCCUGAUAUUGAUGACUCAAUUGUUGAAUCAAAUGAGAUUUCAGAUGAGAUUAAGAUUGACAACCUAAUUUCAACUGAAUCAAGUGAAGCUGUUUCUACUGUACAAAAAUCACCCGAUGAUAGAACUGAUGUAGAAACUAGUAUGGAAAAAAAAUCCGAAGAUUUCGAUAAAGUUCAAACGACAAAGCCAACGACAACUGCCAAAAGUUCUGGUAUAUUUGGUACCAGAAUUUUUGGCAGUUCCGUUUCUAAUUCAACACAUAAGCCAGUUGGCUUUUCUAUUUCCCCGCCACCUUCAAGCAUAUUUGGAUCUAAGUAUACCGGUACAGGCAAAUUUGGAUCAAGAUCGGAAGGUUCAUAUGGAUCUUCCACAUCACAAUCCAUCUUUGACGAACCAUCACGUAACGAUGGGGAUGAUGAUGAUAAAAACGAUACAGAAGAAGUGCCUUUUGGAACUGGUGCAAGGCCUUUAUUACAAGAACAAGAAGUAUUUACUGGAGAAGAGGAAGAGAUUACUCGACACACUGUUAGAGCGAAAUUAUAUUGUAUGGAUCGUGAGCGUCAAUGGAAAGAACGAGGGGUCGGAAUGUUAAAACUUAAUUAUCCAAAGGAUUGUGAAAAAUCACCUCGACUAAUCAUGCGUGCAGAUGGUGUACUGCGAGUGAUUUUGAAUAUUGCUCUAUUUCAUGGAAUGAGUGUCGAACGGUCACAAGAAAAAUUUGUGAGAAUUGUCGCAUUUGAGGGAACCAGUACUGCUCCAGUUCAUUUUGCAAUAAAG